GCAAGACAGCUCGCUCACUCGGACAUUGCCUCUUCUCCGAGUCUUUUGAGCCACCCUUUCUUUGUCGGCUCCACAUUUCCCCAACAAUUCGAAAAAAGCUUCUGUCUAGUUGCCGGUGUCACACCAAUGAUACAAGUCCCGCCUUACCGCUUUAUUGCUUUGCCGCGUGUGUUGGGCCGUAGACGUUCCCGAUUCGCGAGAUGAAGCUGAAGAUGCUCAACGGCGCGCCUAGGCGUGAACAUCUGGAUUUCAGCGACAGCUGUCUGUUACCUGCUGAUGAGUGCAAUGGUUUCAGUGUUGCUGCAAGAUGCGAGAUGCCGCCUGUAGAUUCUACGCCUACGAUGAAGUGGCGCUGCCUUGCGAAGAAGGAUACGCGACUCCAAUCGGAGUGGCAGCAUCCUUACCUCCCUGGUUCUAUAUUGGGAAGCCAUAUGGCAGAUAUAUCGCUUCCUGAGGUUGUUCAGUUUCAAUCGUUCGCACAAGAAGAUACAACAGCGCUUGAUGCCACUGUCAGUUUUAACGACCCAACUUUUAAUACUGAUGGCUUGAUUGAGCAUUCACUCGUCUUCCACGACUCACUACUGUCAUCUCAGGUGGUUCCGGGGGAAGGGCCUGACUCUACCAUCAACUCCUCCUCAUUCCUUUCCACAUCUUUCGAAACCACCACGUCGGACUAUAGUAGUCCCCACAAGGCUGAUCAACACACGAUAAUUCAUGUCCCACUCAAGUUGAGUAUAACACCACUUGCCUCGCUCCCCAGCGCGCAGCAGCUGCGAGCAAUAUACCCUCAGACACCAACCCCAAACUUCAUCUGCGUCGUGACUACAAGCCCAGAGAAGCGCGAGAUAUUUGUUCGAAGAGGCGGUUACAAGAUGGAUCUCUGGGAAAUUAUCGUAGCAGACGACUCUUUCUCCGGUUUCAAAACCGCCUUCUGGAUGCGUCCGAACCUAGACUCAAAAGACGAGCGUACACGUUCUCAGAGAUCGCUUCUUGAAGCCCUGCAGGGUAUCAAGGUUGGCGAUAUUAUUCUGUUGACGAACGUUGCUCUCACAUCGUUCCGCGACACAGUCUUUGGUCAGUCUUUGAAUCCGGCAAUUGCACGCGCUCGGACAGAUAUUCAUGUCUUGAUGAAGAGUAAUGGUAUUUCAGCGGCACAGCCUGGUAGACUGCCUUCGCAGGUUGAUGAGGCAUUUACAAGAGUUAAGAAAUGGGCAAGAAUGCAUGUCGCUUCUGAUAUUGGAGGCUCGCGGAAGAGGAAGGGGAGUGCACCGAAACAAGGCGAUUUCGUUAAACGAACAUUUGCUACGAGAGACCUUGAUGACUCGAUGCCUCCAGAUACCAUGGAAAGUUUCUAGGACGAUUCUUUUGAUCUUCUGCGAGUCGAUUGCUAGAUCUGAGAAUCGUACUAUAUACUUUUGAAUGUCACGGCACCUAGUUACAUAGAGGGAUUUGUUUGAAUC